ACCCAAUGAUGUCAGAGGCUUAGUGGCGAAGGGGUUUAUCACGUCUGCUGUUUGUGAGUCAUUUACUCCAAACACUUGCCGAUUGUUUCAGAGGACCGUGGACCUGGAAGAACAUAUCUGACCAAGGUUGGUGAUUUGAAGCAUUUUGGUGGUGAUGAACAUGCUGGAAGAUGUCCCGUUUCAGACCGAGCUGGGUCCACUGGAGGAAGAAAUGCAGCUGUUGCCUGCUCCGGACAUUACUCUACCAGACUGCCGACAGAUAAUGAAGGAAACUGAGUACGGAUUCAACCUGGAGAGAUGGAUUUUAACUGGCCAGCAGCCAGUCUGCCAGGCUCCAUCCUGCCCACCUUACUGGUUGAUGUUCAGCAGCCCUAAGGAGAGUCACAGAGUCACUCCCAGGAGCAGCGAUCAGUGGGCCCCCAACCCUCGGCCCCGCAGCCACAGCUUGAACUCUGCAGACGCUCACUGGCUGCGCCAUCGCACUGUCAAGUUCCUCGUAUCUGACUCUGAUGAUGAAGAUGGUUAUCAUGAGGACAAUGAAAUGUCCUCUACUGAAGAUGCCCCUCACCUCAUCAAGGGCAGGGAGCGGCCCCGGAGCGCUUCACUCAAAGACCCGAUCUCCAGAGUCAAAGACAUGCACUUUGUUGCUUCCCCUCACAAUUGUAAGACUGGCUCAGCUCAGUGUUUCAGAGGCCACAGGGACACGUCUUCUCCCCAAGAGUGCAGACAGCCUCUGCGUGUGCUCGAGCAGCACAGAUCACAGCAGGCCAGCCCGCUCCCUCAGGGCCAGAGGAACAUCAAGAAGAGGCAGCGCUCUUCAGGCAGGAAGUUCUCCCAAAACACACCACCCGCUGGACCUUCCCCCCCAAGGCAACAACAACGACCCUCCUCUGCAGGGCCUGUUUUGAAAAACCGCAGAAAGAAGGUUCUGACGAGCGGUGCCUCUCGGGGGGUUUUCUUCGACUGUGCAGCAGAGCUUUUGACAGCCCUCAGCCAGGAAGAGAGAGAGUUACUUGAAACAAUCACUGAGAAAGGCUACCCUUUAAGAACAGCUAUUCUGGCACUGCAGAAGACAGGCUAUAGGAGCCCUGAAAAGGUGCUAAAAUAUCUGGUUACCUGUGAUCGUCUGUGCCAGCUGGGUUAUGACCAAGCACAGGUGGAAGAGGCUAUGGAGAUGUUUCAGAACUGUGAAAGCAAGGCUGCCGAGUUCCUACGCCUGUUGGCUCAGUUUAAUGAGAUGGGCUUCCAGCAAAGCGCAAUCAAAGAAGUGCUGCUUGUUCAUGAAAAUCACCGUGAGAGGGCUCUUGAGGAGCUCAUGACACGCAUGGCUUAAAUAAGUCAUCACAUUUCCAGUGAAAAGAAGGGAAGGACUUUUACAUCCACUCACUAGAAGAGCACUCGUGAGAGCUCAGUUCCUCCAGACCAGUCCCCUACCUAUAGUUUUAUAGAAAGUUGGAACAAUACUUUAAAAAUUACAAUGAUAACUCUGGCAAGGAUUUGCCUCUGGCUGAAUUCAAAUACUGCGUUUUGGCUUGCACUCAGCUGAAGUAAAACCAUGUUCAGCUGAAAGAUGGGGGCAGGAAUGACAGGAAAAUAAUAGUCAAAGAGAACAAACUGCUUUGAAAACGUUUAUUUACAGGUUAAAGAAAAGAAUAAAACCACCCUAUGUUUGGUUUCUGAUGAGCAAAAUUAGCUGUCAAUCCAGCUCGAAAAACAAAAUCAUGGUGCCACUUUCCAAUUUCCACUUUAGUAAAACAGUAGUGCUCUAGAUAACAGAUAAUAUUUAAUUUAAGCCAAAAUAGGAUCAAAUAAAAAGACAUCGUAAAAAAUUCAAAAAUGCCAGAGAAAUGCAAAGAGCAGAGGAAACCCUGGAAUAAAUUCUAAUAAAGAGAAAUGUUGGCAAAAUAUUUACAGUUUUUUGUAAGAAGUUCCCUCUUGUUCAUUGUGUCAACAAACUGGAGGUAGGUGACCCUCUGUGCCAGAGCAGCUCCUUUGAACCAU